GGCCGAGGCGCUGGCGGGCUCGAAGGGGUCCAGUUCCUAAGCGGCAAAAGCCCUGGCGCCGAGCUAGGCCGAGCAGCGCAGCGCUGCGCUGCGAAGUCAAGGCCGCUGGGACCCGUCAGAGACCCGUCGCCGCCGGCGCCUUUGCGGUUGCAGCCAUCCGUCUCAUCCCUGCCCGCUUUCCAACGGUCUCCUUCCGCAUCGCCGAGUCAAAGCUGCAGCACCUUCGAUAACAGCUAAGUGGUCAUUUCGGGACUUGGGGCUGGGAGUCUGGGCGGGAGCUAGGCGCGGGCAGCACAGCCAGCGCGCCAUCUCCUGCAGCAACCGCCACUGCUGCAGACACCCCUCCCGGGCGGGAGAGAACACUAUCCAGAGGCCCACGCCGUCCCAACACCCAAGGUUAUAGUUAGAGCGUUUCUACCGAGCGCUGGUGAGAUCCUGGUGCUUAGUGAAGGGAGAGUCAGAGAUCACGAAAAAAGAUCUCGUAUUGGAUAGUGUUGGCUUUUUCUCAGCUUAAUCGGACAAGUGGCAGCUUUGCCAAGUCUCCGUAAACCCCGAACCAUGUCACCCCCAACCGUGCCUCCAAUGGGUGUAGAUGGUGUGUCCGCGUACCUGAUGAAGAAAAGGCACACCCACAGGAAGCAGCGGCGCAAGCCCACUUUCCUCACUCGGAGGAACAUCGUAGGCUGCCGCAUUCAACACGGCUGGAAGGAAGGCAAUGAGCCGGUGGAGCAAUGGAAGGGGACAGUGCUCGAGCAGGUUUCUGUGAAGCCCACUCUCUACAUCAUCAAAUAUGACGGCAAAGAUAGUGUGUAUGGACUAGAACUGCACCGAGAUAAGAGAGUUUUAGCACUCGAGAUCCUUCCUGAGAGAGUGCCAACUCCUCGCAUUGAUUCGCGCCUCGCAGAUUCCCUGAUUGGCAAGGCAGUGGAGCAUGUGUUUGAGGGGGAACACGGCAAGAAAGAUGAAUGGAAAGGCAUGGUCCUGGCACGAGCCCCCGUGAUGGACACUUGGUUUUACAUCACCUACGAGAAAGAUCCGGUACUUUAUAUGUACACGCUGCUGGAUGACUACAAAGAUGGUGACCUGCGCAUCAUUCCAGAUUCCAACUACUAUUUCCCUACAGCUGAGCGGGAGCCUGGAGAAGUGAUUGACAGCCUCGUGGGCAAGCAGGUGGAGCACGCCAAAGAUGAUGGGUCCAAGAGAACCGGCAUUUUCAUCCAUCAAGUGGUGGCCAAGCCGUCUGUCUACUUCAUUAAGUUUGAUGAUGAUAUUCACAUUUAUGUCUAUGGUUUGGUGAAAACCCCUUAAAUUCAUUGUGUGUGUUUUGCAAAAUUUGUGGAACUAUUAAAUGUAAAAUAUGUCGUGUUAUUGUAAUUGUACUUUUGAGAACAGUUUUGGUGUCAGAGAGUCAGAAAUUUAUUAUUACUUAUUACUUACUGUGCCUCUAAAUCUUAUACAUUGACUAGUUCCACAGUUUUGCCCAAGUGUACUUUGGUACCUAUGAUAUUGCCUUGUUCUGUAAUUGAAAAAUUUAAAGUGGGUGCUCAUAGAAAAUUGAAAAGUGUUCAUUACCAUUGGAACAAUGAAAAACUAAAGAAAAAUUAAUGGUGUAACCCCUCACCAUAUCCUUCCCCUCUUUUCCCUUCCCUUCCUUCUUUCUUCUCCUCAGAUAACAAGUGGUAAGAACAUAAUGCAUGCCCUACAUUUUUUCCAAUCCUUUUACAAAAAGUUUGUUGCAGUUGUUUCUGAAAAAAUGACAAGCCACAUCAUUUCUUUGUCAUUGCUUUUCUUAAUCCCUUCUGACCAGUAGCUGCAGAUAUUUCUCCAUCUCCCUCCAUUUUUCUAUCCUUCUUUCCCUCCCCACCUCUCCCUCUGGAAUUUAUUUUUUUUAUAUAAAGGUUCAAUUAUACAUUUUGUUCACAUUGGAUACCUGAUCAUGCCAUUACAUUUAUUAAAUACAUCAUCCAUUUCCCUCUCACUCAGGAAGUUAUUUUUGUAUAUGGUAUAUGAUAGAGAUUUAACUAUACAUUUUGUUCACAUUGGAUACCUGAUUGUGCCAGCACAUUUGUUAAAUAAAUCACCCAUUCUCUCUCUCUCUCUCUCUCUCUCUCUCUCUCUCUCUCUCUCUCUCUUUCUCUCUCCUCUUCUCUUUUCUCUCCUCUCUCUCUCCUGCCUCCAACAACUGCAUACACAGUACAUAUUUAUUAGCCGCUCAAUACAUACUAGUGCUUUUAUUUCAAUAGGGUUGAUUCCUAGAAAUGGGAUGCUAGGUAGGCUUAUAUUUAAUUUUAAAAGGUACUGCAAAAGUACCAUCUAAAAUGAAAGUUCUUAUUUUCCAGCAUCCUCUCCAGCACUCUUUAAUUUUUACAAAUUUGAAAGGCAAAAAUUUGUUUUAUUUUUCUUUAAUUGGCAAACUCAAUGAGGUUUUCUGUUUGUUGGUUUGUUUUUAGGGGGAGUUGUUUGUUUCACUUUUUGGACUUUUCUCUUUUGUGAUUUGCCAGUAUUUAUCCUAUGUUCAUUUAUCUAUUGAAUCUUUGAUCUUUUCCUUAUAAAUUUGUGAGAAUUCUUACUAUAUUUACUAUAUGGUGCAUAUUAAUCAUUUGUAGCCCAUAUGUGUUAUGAUUUUUCUAUCCUAUCAUUAAUCUUGACUUUAUUGAUGGUAUCUUUUACUUUUCAGGUUUUAAAAAAGUUUUAGAUAAACUACUUUCUCCUUUUUAGUUUUUUGGGGUUUUUUUUUUGUGUGUGUGUGUGUGUUUUUUGGUUUGCUGUCUUUUUUCAGAUGAAUGUCCCAACCCCAAGUCAUACAAAUAUACACCUGCAUUUUUUUUUUCCUAAACAGUUAAGGUUUCACUGUUUGAUCCAACUGGAAAUUCUUUUGCAUAUGGUAUAAAAUAGAUGGCCAACUAUACAUGUUGUUUACAUUGGGUAACUGAUUGUACUAUCACAUUUAUUUUAAA